CUAUAGCUUAACGUGGUUUUGCAUAGAAUACACACAUUAAGAUGUCUUUGAGGCAACAUAGAGGAUUAAAGGUGUCGGCUUCCAAGAGUUUUGUCUCUGUAUCGGAUUCUUCUGCGCGGGAACUCUCUUCUCCAACAGCCACGCUCGGAGCAGAAUUAGCAAGAUACCGGAUGAAGGCCCGAUUCUACAUUGGUUGCAUGAAAUCGGGCUUGUUCUUACUAGGAAUGAGAUAUCAUGAACCGGAGUACUGGAAAUUUGGAGAAGAGGGAAGGUAGGUAACAGAUAUUUUCCCCGUGCCACUGGUCAGCUCUAUGCAUUUUCUAGGGAUCGGCCAGUGAGUUCUUUCCCGCAGCCUUGAUCCAAAAAACUAAUCUGCCUUGUGCAUAUAAAGAUCAUACGGUGACCAAGGAAAAAUUGUGCACACAGAAACAUACUUCACAAGUACGUGAAUGAAGAUGUCUUUUUAGCAUAUAGAUGACAACGUAGGCUAUGU